AUGGCAACCCUGGCGCACACAGAGUGCAGGGGGGAGGUGCUUUACCCAGAGAAGUGCAGAAGUGUCCAGGCCAGAAAAAAACACAAAGAGAAAACUCUCAGAGACAACCCUGAUCUUCUUUAUGCGGACUACAUUCAACUUAAUGGGAGAAGAAUCAAGAACAACCUUAUCUUCUACACCAGUUUGAUAACAGCAUGGAAAUCAGCCAUCUGUGAGGAAUUCAAGAACAUUUUUAAAGAAGGAAUCGGUCGAGGUGGAAGACUAACCAUUUGUAAAGAUGAAAUGCUUGACACAGACAACCCAAUUCUCACCAUAACCUACUACACUAAAGGCACCUUCCUUCUGCAAGGCAAUGAGGCAAGCUUGAACUCAUUCGAGGAGAUCUUCCCCCGGCUGAAGGCCAGAGUAGAGGAGGAGAGAGACGAGCCUCAUGCAAACAGCACAGACUCUGAGGAGGAAGGCCCAGCGAUUCUUUCACCUGCACCAUCAGACCGGCGACUGAGAGACAGUUUAGCUCUGCUGGAACUGGACUUCACUGAAUUUAGAGAACACACUCAAGUCAAACUCUCAGACACACGCAACACAAACAUUUACAUCCAAGAGCUCAAAGAUGAGCUCAAACAGCUAAAGAAAGACACCAACUCCUCCAUCACUGAACUCAACAGAGCUCUCGGAGAACUGCAAGGAGAAAACCAAACUCUCCGCGUACAGAUGCGCAAGCUAGAGGAGGACAACGAGAGAAAAGAAGAGAGCUUCUCCAGACAGCUGCAAGAAAUGAGAGAGCAGUUACAGAAAAACACAGAAGACAACACACAUCACUACAGUACAGCCCCUACUACAGACUACCCAAACACAGACAGCGAGCCUGCCACAAACACACAGACACCUGCAGACACACAACCCCCCCCUGCCCCCCCUCCAGAACCUGAUCCAGAUAUUCUCCUCCUCAUGGACUCUAAUGGGAAGUUCUUGGACCCACAGAAACUCUUCCCACAUCAGAAAGUCUCUGCAAAACGAUGCAGCACAACUGGCCACGCCCACCAGAUCAUCAGAGACUUCCCAGGACAGCCCUCAUGUGUCAUAAUCCACACUGGGACCAAUGACCUCCACUCGCUGCGGAACAACACUGCGGAUGCUGUCAGGAAAAUGGCCGAAAUCACCAGCAAAAAGUUCCCAGAAUCCCGAAUUAUAAUCUCCACACUUCUCCCAAGACAUGACACACCACCACACAUCAUCCACAACAUUAACACUGAAAUUUCCCGUAGAUGUUCUACACUUCCAAACGUGCACCUGGUCCACCACCACCACAUCGGCCUCCACCACCUGUACGACGGACUCCACCUGCACAGAGAUGCAGUGCGCACUUUUGCAAGGGCCCUUAAAGAUGCAGCCCUGGGCCGCACCCCGUCGUCACCGAGACAUCUGCUACCGACUCCAGAACACUACCGGCCCAUUCACCCCUACAUGCCCAGACACACCCCCCCGACCCCGAUGAGGAGAGACAUCAGCUGGACAAGCAUCCCACAUCAUCCACCACGUCCACACCCACCUAUGGCUCACUACACACCUGCAAACCUGCAGUCACCAACUCCACGUUCACCUGCCGGCCAUCAAACCCCCGUCAGGAAGAAGAAACCAAACCCCCCCCCACACCCAGAGAAAUCCCUCCACCCGAGAGCACAGAGCUACGCUGAAGCUUUAGCCCGGCCUCCCGCUCCACCCUCCACCUCCACCUCCACACCUGCCAGCGAACUGAGCCAGAUCAGAGAGAUGCUGCACACACUGUGCAACCAGCUCCUGAACAGAUAAGAACACACACAGUGCUCUACUAAAAAAAAAAAAAAA